UUACAACUGAGUGAAUCCCAUCACGUCUGCUAGGCGGCCAGCGGCCAUCGGUGUCACUCCGCCACUCCGGCCCCAUUCGACAGAGACAUCACCGGCAGCAGGUUAAUAAUGGCGCUUCGCGCGGCGGAGCUCCGGCGACUCCUCCUCCUCCGCGGCGGGGCGGUCCUCCCGCUCCCGCUCGCGUCGCGCUGCCGGCCGGCGAGCACGGCCGCCCGUGACGACGAGGGAGCAGGGGGCAACGCCUACGACGUGCUCGGGGUGGGAGAGACGAGCUCCUCCGCGGAGAUCAAGGCCUCCUUCCACCGCCUCGCCAAGGAGACCCACCCCGACGUCGCUGCCGCCGCCGGUUCCCGACGGUUCCUUCAGAUCCUCGCGGCCUACGAGAUCCUAUCCGAUUCCCAGCGAAGGGCGCACUAUGAUAGCUUCCUGCGCUCGCAGAGGCUAGUUAUACAGAAGCAUCCCAGGCCAUCGCAAUAUGUAUAUCCAUAUCCAUAUAGUUCAGGCAUUGUGAUGCCUAGAGAAAGUAAUGUUGUCGAGUGGCUUAAAUGGUACAGGCUUACUGUUGAUGACAUUGUUACAAAAAAGAGAAUCGCGACGGGUUCAGGUUAUUUCGAUAGACUUGAGAGUGAACUGUACUCUGCAGUCCAUGCUGCAUACUAUGGCCCCGAGGUUGAGUCCAUGGAUCUCCUUCCUGAUUGCUUUGAAGCCGAGGAGAGGUCUGUGUAUGAGACAUCUGAGCUAUUGCACCUUGUAUCUGGCCGUGAUCUGCUUGGUAUUGUCAGUCUAGUCGAUAGCGUCCGAGAGCGGUCUGAUGCUUGUCGUGAGAAGCUGACACAUUCUGGUUCUGCAACCUGCGGCGUUAGUCCAAAUGUUGCAGUAAACGGGGAGAAAUGUUCAAUACCUAGGCAUGCAGAUAUUCACAAGCAAGAGAAUGAGGAUAGUGACAGUAUCCCAUCAGAUGCCUACAAGGACAUUGAAUUGCAGAUAUGUGGGAGAGUAGUGGCCACUGCAAAUAGGAGGCUCAAGUGCAAUUGCAUUGACAAUUCAGACAUGGAAGAUCACAUACAUGUAUUUCUUGUUCCAAAUGAGGUGGUUGCACCUGAUGUGAUGCAAGAGCAUCUCCUCCUUGGAACAAUCACUGGGUUAGACACCAGUGGAGAGGAAGGAUCUUGCUGUGUCUAUGAUGGCCAUGGAAUAAAGACCCAUGUAAUUGUUAAGCACAGGACACUGAUGGUUAAACACAUGCACUGGUAUCAAUUUGGAGAUGAAGUUUCACCCUGCGAGUGUCGAUGUAGCAGGGCUCGGUUGCCACCCAGCAGGUUUUGGCUUUUUGAGCCACGGUGUUAUAUGCAUGACACUGGCGGUUGGUACAUCGAGACAUUUGGGAGAGACAAGAAAGGGAGGACAACUCCAUCGCCGAGACAUUGGCAUGGUGUCAAUGAACAUUCUGAAAAGAGAUUGCAUCCAGCACUGUAUCUGGUGGCUCUGGCAUACAGAUCUUUAGAUCUUGAGGAUGCUCAAAGAAGAAAAUGGAGCUUUAGGAGUUUCCUAGAGCUGCAGUUGUCUCAUAUUCGUCAGUUAAGCAAAAAAAUCUUUAGUGGUAAAAAUGGAGUUGAUAUGGGAGUACCAUGAGAAACGAGCAGCAGUUUCAGGAAUUCAAUGUUCUUGUUUGACAAUAUCUUUGUGAUCACUAAAACUUUCUCAAGCUGUUCACUAUUCUGCAUGGAUGACGUAAACCAUGCUGAUGUCUGAUGUCUGGAAUUACAAACCGAUUUCCAUGAAAUAGAUGAUCUUACGAUGCCAUGCUCUUUCAUCAUAUUCUGGCGUGGCGCCUGGCGAAGAAAGUGAGGUGCCAGUUUAAUGGCAUAUUAAUUUUACCACUAGAGCAGUAGACAACAGGUGGUGGCACUUGCUGGCUGUGCUAUAUUCGGCAAGACAAGGCAAAGCUGGCUGAGCUAUUAUUAACAUCCUAAGGUAGUAUGCCACUUCGAAAGUCAUUGCAUUCUCCGCUGCUAUAAAAGUUUGGUUUUUAGCAUUUCUGGAGUGCCUAGGGUUAGGUUUAUCUAUUUCCCUUCCCGCAAAAAAAAGGUUUAUCUGUUUCCCAAAGUAUAAUGAGUUUUUUUUUCGACAAAGGGUGGAUUCAAAGUAUAAUGAGUACAUAAAGUAAUAUGUCUGAUGGCAAGUGCUGUUCCCAGGGAAAGUCUUGUGAAUUCCAUCAGGAGUGAACUGACAGUUGUAAGUUUAUGAAGUGUGAUCAGGCGCUUUUUUGGGGGUAGAAAAGGCACCCAAAGGGCAGCUUAUAUCUGAUAAUUAUCAAGUAAAACAAUAGACAUUACUCCC